UGUUCUGUUCAUUUGUACAGCCAAUACAACUGACACUAUACCAGGACCACUCAUUGACAGAAUGGAAAUAAUACAAAUAUUACAUAAAGCAGCUUUUAAAGUCGUAUCACAGACACAAACUAAUGAUGAUGAAGCUGAAGCUGAAGAAGAUGAAAAGAAACAAGAAACAAAAGAAGAAGAAGCGAAACCUUCUCCCCCUCCUGUCACUGAUCCUGUCACAGUCUCUUCUUCUAAUUUAAAAGAUUUCGUCGGUCAUCCUCCAUUUAUUUCCGAUCGUCUCUACGAGACCACACCCCCUGGAGUGGUUAUGGGUCUGGCUUGGACAUCAAUGGGCGGUACUACUCUUUAUAUAGAGACAGGCGUGGCUGAGGGGCGGGACCUGUCAAAGGAGGAGAGAGGGCAGGGGGUAUGACUACCAUUGGGCAGUUAGGAGAUGUAAUGAAGGAGUCCACUGUUAUUGCUUAUACUUUUGCUAAGUCAUUUUUGUCUUCAAAAGAUCCUAAAAAUGAUUUCCUUGACAAAGCAAAAAUUCGUCUACAUGUUCCUGAGGGUGCUACCCCAAAGGAUGGUCCCUCAGCAGGUGUCACUAUAGUCUCUGCCCUCCUCUCACUGGCUAUGGAUCGUCCAAUACGUCAGAAUGUUCCCAUGACUGGGGAACUGUCUCUCACUGGAAAGGUAUGAAAAUGUACUUCUACCUAACUCACAACAUGUACAUGUAUGAUAGUACAGUGAAUUGACAUUUGUAUAAGCUGUGUAAUGUAUGCAAUAUAUGUUGCAUAGUCUUUUCUUUUGUUGGAAUUAAUGAUGUUUUGGAAA